AUGGCCACGCUCAAGCCAAUCCCUGACAGCGAGUUAUUCCCAGAGUUGCCACUGUCUGGCGCCAAAGACUUUACUCAGGCGCCACUGGAGCUGCCCGCCAAUGUUCAAGUCUUCAUCAAACGACCCAAAAUCUCACAAUGUGAUGUGUAUAAACGACACAAUGUAGUACACCUGCUCGCCCAAAGCUUUCUGGAGGAGGCCCGCUACCUAACCGGAAUUGUGCUCAGCCGUCAUUCGCACGACCUGAAGAACUAUCUCAGAGGCGGAGUGGGAAAUAUCGAUAAGAAAGCAUUCAUGAAUGCGCUUGAGUCCGCCAUUUAUCAAUUACAGUCAUUCGGUUGGUCACAUAAUGACCUCAACCCGACGAGUGUGCUGGUCGACGACUCCGAGGCCAGUUGUGGAAUGCCAGUCCUGAUCGGCUUUGGCUCGGCCGGGAAAAUCGGCAGUUUGCUAGGAACGUCCUGGGGCAUGAGUGGUUGGAUUGAGGGUCGGAUUGAAGACUAUACCACUUCUGAAAAGGAACAUGAUAUCUUUGCCCUGGAGAAAAUGCGACUCUGGUUGGACAACCCGACUUUCGACGACGAUUAA